AUGACUCGUCUUGAUACACUUCCCCCAGAGAUUCUGUUCAACAUCCUCUCCUAUACUGAGCCCAUCUACAACCUUACUCUCAACUCCUACCCACUCAAUGCGCUCGCCGAAACGAACAAACAGCUCAACGCCGUAGUAGAAGAAUACGCGCGCAACCUCCUCAAACGCCAUGCCGACAUCGUACUACCGCGCAACACAAGAGUCUUCACAUGCCGCCGCAAAUGGCUAGCAGAACUAUGUUACUUCUGCAAGAAGCCCAGUAAAAGGAAAGCAUGUCUGUACAAGACACUAGCAUGCUGUCACAAAUGCGACAAGGCCGAAUUCCCAAAAAUGACAAUGACCCAAGCAAGCCAACAAACCCACCUCUCAAAACUCGACCUUUUCACGCCGUCCCCACUCCACCCCGCCCUCCCACCGUUACCAACAGGUCUCUACCACGUAAUGGGCGGCACAGCAACCAUGUUAUCCACCCCCGACGUCCUAGCCCGCAGCGCAUACAUCCACAGCCUCCUCGGCGACAAAGCGAAAGACAACGCGUAUAUGCGCCCAAGACCCGCGGCACACGAGCGCAUUAUCAAACACCUGAAUAUCGAGUUUCUUGAAGGGACGGGGUGGUGGUUAGGGCCAGACAUGGGAGAUGAGGAUCCUGAGCAAUGGGAUACUGAGAAAGGGGAGGGGAAGAGGAAAGGAAAUGGGCCGAGGAGUAUGCGGUCGGAAGAAGAAAGGAGAAAGUACGCUGAGAAGGGGUUGAGGAGGGAGUGGGAGGCGAUGGGCAUGGAGCCGUAUAAGAAUCUCAUGGGUGGGGUGAGAAGAAGGGCGGGUAGAGGGAAGGGGAGGGUGGGGAUAGGGUGGAAGGAUAAAGGUGGGGAGUCGAUAGAGGGUGCGAUUGAGAUUGACUGA